AAUGACUUGCUUUGCAGGUUGGCUGAAGUGCAACAGCCCCAUCACUAUCCUCUGUUCAAGUCGGCGCUGGUGGGAUUACUGUCCUCCAUGGAUUUCCUCAAAUGCCUCCAUGUGAAGGCACGCAGCGAGGUGUACCCAAGCUCUGAAAUCCAACGUUUCCCUGUCCCGGAUGAUAAGGUGGACUGGGCAGUGCAGUGGGCUGAUUAUAAGCCAGUCGACUACACUGCGCCCUCACUGCUCCGGCGGCCACCUUGGGCAGACCCACCUUACAGUGAUGAAAGAGAGCUGGACACGCUGUUAAAGUUUAAUCAGUUGGAUGGUGGAGUGGAUAGAACGUCUCAUAUUAUUUCGUACAAUGUGGUAAAUGGAUUCCCACGGAAUCCCUGUGGACGGACUGGAAUGAGGGGUAGAGGACUCUUGGGAAGAUGGGGCCCUAAUCAUGCAGCAGACCCUAUUGUGACAAGAUGGAAGAGGGAGGCUGGAAAACCAAUAAUUCACAGUCACUGUGGGAAGCCCAUCUUGCAGUUUGUAGCAAUAUGUAGAAGAGACAAUGAGGAGUGGGCCAUUCCUGGGGGAAUGAUAGAUCCCGGUGAGAAAGUGUCAGUCACUCUCAAAAGAGAGUUUGGAGAAGAGGCACUGAACUCCCUCGAGUUACCCAAAGCUGAGAGACAACAAACGAAAGCAUUAAUCGACUCCCUCUUUCAAGCUGGAGAGUUGGUCUACAGAGGAUAUGUGGAUGAUCCCCGGAAUACUGAUAAUGCUUGGAUUGAGACAGUGGCUAUGAAUUUCCACGAUGAGGCAGGCGACAGCGUGGGAAAGCUGAACCUUCAGGCGGGUGACGAUGCAGGCGCCGUCAAGUGGAUGGACAUCGACAAGCGGCAGAGACUGUACGCCAGCCACGCCGAGAUGCUCCACCAGGUCACAAAGAUGAGGGACGCUCAUUGGUAACAGACUAGCUCGGAGCCUUUCCUAACCUGAGGUGUUCCAGUAGGAAUUGCUAACACGAGAGGUGAAACAUUCACAAUUUGCCUUCGAAACCACCCCCUUUUUGCAGUCAGGAAAUCAUUACACAGAAGAAACCUUUCCAGGAGAGAGAGAGAGAGAGCAGCUUUAAUGAUGUUUUUAAACUGCACUGUGUUUUAACUUUGGAGUGGCACUGAAUGGAUUUUUAGACCCUCACAUCCUUACAGACCCUCUGUAUUGUUCUCUCUUUUUACUCCUUUGUUUGCCCCCGCAGUCCCCACACCUCCCCCUGACCAGGUGGCUUGAUCCCAGCCACGGCUUGUGCUUGGUUGUGAUGAGAGGCUGGUGACUGAUACAUUGGUAUCAGCUUGCUGCUGGUUAUUGAGGCUGCCUUCCAACUUGGAUUUACAUGUCUGUUAUUUCCUGGUCCGGCACACAAAUGACCAAUAUGCUUUUUGGGGGGGUGAGGGGGGUGCAGAUGAUCUAAUAUUCCCAGAGUCCCCCUCCAUUGGGGCUUUCUGCCCCCUCAUACCUGUUUCUGUUUUUGCAGAUUAAUACUUAAUUUCUGCCUGGGAUUUGAGCGUCACUGGCAAGGCCAGCAUUUGUUGUUAAUUCCUGAUUGUCCUUGAAAAGGACAAAGCGACAAAAGGCAUUAUUGUGAUUUGUCAGCAACUCGAUUAUCGCUGUACCAGGACGGGAGAGGGCAAGUUUGACAGACUUGACAGUCUUUUCCAUCCCACCCAUUACUGUGUUUUUAUAUUCCUGGUAUGAACACUUCCCACUACCUGUCAGCAGGUGGUGCCGUUGUCCUGUGUGACAGAUACUAUCUUGGACAAUAUGGGCAGGGAAUUAAAGGAAGGUUCAAAAUGGAGCUGUGGGUGGAUGGUGGGUGAUUGAGUUUCUUCCAGAAAUGAAAUGUGAACAUUAAAGACUCUCUGAAUUUACAGUGUGAA